AUGACGAAAACCAUGCUGGGGAGAUGGGCUGCGCUCUUUACGCUGCUAUUACAGGCCAAUGCACAACUUCUCAGCUGCUCGGAAGUCGACUGUCCCAUGAGCUACGGUACUGCCAGAUGUAACAUCGACAAUACAACUCUUAAAGAGAUUGGUGUCGCGAAUUUCUCUUCGGCUCUAUCUCCGGAUCCUUUCUCUUGGACCAUCGGGUAUGCUCCAGAAGCUAUCACUAACAGUACCGAUCAAAGACGCUACUAUCUUGGUACUCCACCAGCUCUCAACCUAAACAGCCGCACAGACGUCACUGGUUGCGCUCUUUUCUUCGUCGGCAUCGAGGAAGGCUUAAGCUUCGGCAGGCCCAACGGAACUAGUCUAGAUCUGGCCACGAUGUCCGGUACAUGCGCAGAUGCGCUGGGAAUCACAUGCGAAUCUGACCUGACCACCCAAGCUCACGAUCUGGUCACGAACUUGACAGCCUCGGGGGAUCUCCGAUGUCCCGACCUUGCGCAAGCUCUACAAUCCUCGCCUCCUGAGUCGUGCACGAAGGCAGGGACCUGGGGUAACAUUACAGCGAAAGUCAUCGCAGGGCCGGCCAGUUCCCCCGUACUACGUCUUAGCGAUUGCAAUCCUACCAUCAACACCACUUACGAUGUGCGGAGUAUCGCAACUUUCCCCAAACUUGGCGACGGACCCUUUGUGUAUGGUAUCACUCCACUGAUGACGGUAUUCGUAGCGAACGGGGACGCGAUAGAUGUGAUCGCAAGUCCUGAAGUGCACCUGGAGUGCAUGAAGCCGAUGGGAGAUUCACCAGCUAACCAAGUGGUCGCGAGUGGAAAGGGGAAAACUUUGGUUGUGCGCAAUUCGUGGCCGUCCAUGGUGGCUGCUGUCGCUGGACUCCUCGUCAUGCUCUUGUCCACGGGCUGA